AAAUCUUCCUCUUUGUUUCUAUAUCCUCAAUAUUCUCCUAACCUCAACUCGUAAUGUGAACGUGCGCUCUUUCGUGUCCCCUUUCCCCUUCUUCUUCAAGUUGUAGAUCUAGCCUGUUUUUUUUUCCCUUUUUGUUUUUUUACAUACAAGUCAAGAAAGCCUUUUUUCUUCAUUUACCUUUUGGGUCUCCCCCAAAAUUCGAUUCCGAUCCGCUUCUUGGUUAAUUUGGCCGUUUUCCCUGUGUAAAGUUUGAAUUUUUGGUUCUGUCGUCUUUAAGAUGGGGGUUUCCAAUUGUUCCACUACUUUGCCACCGUCCCAGCAGUAUGGGGUGACGAAACCCUUGUCUCUAGCAGGGCCUAUGGAGGCUGAUAUUCAGCGUACCAAAGAGUUGGAAAAGUUCUUGGUCGGUGCUGGAUUAUAUGAAAGCGCUGAGGAGGCUGCUAAAAGAGAAGGAGUUCUCUGCCAGCUAAAGCAGAUUGUGAAGGACUGGGUGAAAGAUCUUACUCGACUGAAAGGGUACAGUGAUCAGAUGGUUAAGGAUGCAAAUGCUGUCAUUUUAACUUUUGGUUCUUAUCGACUUGGGGUGCAUGGUCCUGGAGCUGACAUAGAUACCUUAUGUGUUGGACCAUCCUAUGUGAACCGAGAGGAUGACUUCUUUUUUUUAUUGCAUAAUAUUUUGGUGGAGAGGGAAGAAGUUACUGAACUGCAACCAGUUCCAGAUGCACAUGUCCCUGUUAUGAAGUUUAAGUUUGAUGGGAUCUCAAUUGAUCUUCUCUAUGCAAGCAUCUCUCUUUUGGUUGUGCCAGAUGACUUGGACAUAUCCAGUGAAUCUGUGUUGUGUAAUGUUGAUGAGCCUACUGUAAGGAGCCUUAAUGGCUGCAGGGUGGCAGAUAAAAUCCUUAAACAUGUUCCAAAUAUUGAGUUUUUCCGGACCACACUUCGAUGUCUAAAGUUUUGGGCUAAACAGCGUGGUGUUUAUUCAAAUGUGACUGGAUUUCUUGGUGGAGUUAACUGGGCUCUUCUAGUUGCUCGGGUUUGCCAGCUCUAUCCAAAUGCUGUUCCGAGUAUGCUGGUUUCUCGUUUUUUUCGUGUAUAUACACAAUGGCGCUGGCCAAAUCCUGUGAUGCUUUGUCAGAUAGAGGAUAAAGAAUUUGGAUUUUCUAUCUGGGAUCCGCGUAAAAAUCCUUGGGACCGGACACAUCAGAUGCCAAUUAUUACACCUGCCUAUCCCUGCAUGAACUCUAGCUACAAUGUGUCUGCAAGCACUCUUCGUGUUAUGACCGAACAAUUUGAAUUUGGUAACGACAUAUGUCAGGAAAUUGAACUUAAUAAAGCCCGGUGGGCUGCACUGUUUGAGCAGUAUUCUUUCUUCGAAAGCUACAAGAACUAUUUGCAAGUUGAUAUAGUUGCAGCUGAUGCGGAUGACUUACUUGUGUGGAGAGGCUGGGUCGAAUCCCGGUUAAGGCAGCUUACUUUGAUGAUAGAGCGGGACACAUUUGGGAAAUUGCAAUGCCAUCCUUAUCCCCAUGAGUAUGUGGACCCAUCCAAACAAUGUGACCAUCGUGCCUUCUUCAUGGGUUUGCAGAGGAGGCCAGGGGAGGUAGUUCAAGAAGGCCAGCAGUUUGAUAUUCGUGCGACAGUUGAUGAGUUUAGACACCAAGUAAACAUGUAUAUGUAUUGGAAACCUGGAAUGGAAAUGUUUGUGUCCCAUGUUCGUAGAAAGCAGAUUCCCUCUUAUGUUCUACCAGAUGGUUCUAAACGAAACCAAACACCAAGGCUAAUGAGUGGGCAGCUGGCAGAGAAACCUUCCUCUAGUAUAUGCAAGUCCAGAUCCGGAGAAAGAGGCAUGAAAAGGAAAAAGGAGCUUGAAGGUGCAGAAGAGAAUGUACAGAGUCAGGACAAGCGACGAUCAAUUAGCCCUCCAAGAAGGGAUUCACCUUCACCUCAACUAAUUGUUGGUCAGAAUAGUGGCAUGUUGUUACAACAUUGUUCCUCGACAGUUUCUGGAAGGAAGCGAGAGAGUGAAGAAAUUUCAAAUAAUGUGACGAAUGAUAAGAUGCAGUUUGCUAUUCUGGACAAAGAUAAUCAAAUUGAACGAAGUAAGUCACAAAGAGCACAAUGUGCGGAGAGCGCAGAUGGAUGCGUUUAUCAUUCUAGUGGUGUCACCGACUCGGACAUGAAGGUCAUGCAGCGGGCAGUAUUGGUUGCAACUCUCUCUGUUCCUCUCAGGGUGACUUAUACAGGGCAGAGUCCAAGUCACUGUUGAAUAAUGUGUGUGAAAAUGGUUCAAGACUUUUUGAAGAUGCGUUGCUGGAGUUGGAGGUUUUAAAUAAGUUUAUUUUGCCUCUUUUAUCUUUCUGACGUCAUUGAUUUUGUAAUUCAUACUUCCGUUCUUAGCAUUUGCCAUAACUUUGACCAGUUUUAUUUACUUGUGUUUCAUGAAGCCAAAAGCUGCACGUGGAGUGUUAACAUCUGUGGAUAGCAUUGGAUCGGAGUCUGUACAGAAAUCUUCUACAA